AUGGCACCCUCCGUGAAAGCUCGUGCCACCGCGCAAAAGGUCGCAUUGAAGGGCAAAGCUGGCGCAAAAGGUGGAAAGGUCACCAACAAGUACACCAUCAACUGCUCACAACCAGUCUCCGACAAGAUCUUCGACCUCUCCGCUUUCGAAAAGUUCCUGCACGAGCGAAUCAAGGUCGAAGGUCGCACUGGCAACCUGGGCGAUAAUGUCACCAUCAACCAGGUCGGCGACGGCAAGAUCGAGGUCAUCACGCACAUUCCCUUCUCUGGCCGCUACUUGAAAUAUCUGACCAAGAAAUUCCUCAAGAAGCAACAACUGCGCGACUGGCUGCGUGUGGUGUCCACAUCAAGGGGCGUCUACGAGCUGCGCUUCUUCAAUGUUGUCAAUGACGAGGGCGACGAGGAUGAGGACUAG